AUGGCCGUUCCAUCUGUUGGGGGUAUGUCUGCACAAGAGGUUAAGACAAGAAGGGCUGAGGUCAAAAUGACAGCUGGGUUGGUAGUUCACAACGUCCCCCUAGCCUUUGCGGACCACCUGGGGCCUCUCCUAAAAGAAUGUUUCGGAGAUUCGAAGACAGCGCAGGAGUACAGGUGUGCCAGGACUAAGUCAUCCUGCAUUACCAAUGAAGCACUCGCACCAUAUUUCACACAGGAGCUUGUGAAGGAGAUGAAAAAAGCCCCGUAUACCCUUGUUACGGAUGGGUCGAAUGACACUGGAGUGGAAAAGAUGAACCCGCUUACUGUCCGGGUCUUCAUGGGCAGCAAAGUUGUCCACCAGUUCUUAAAUAUGUGCACAACAAGUGGGAGGAGAUGUGGGCCAGCAAGUGAGAUCUUCACCAAAAUUAACUCCACCAUAGAGGAGCAUGGCAUCCCUUGGGAGAACUGCAUUGGUCUCUCAGUUUACAAUGCAGCUGUGAACAUUGGACCACGUAAUUCCAUUGCCUCUAGGGUGCUCCAGAAGCAUCCCAACACCUAUAUUCAUGGUUGUCCUUGUCAUGUGGCACAUAACACCGCCAAAGCUGCAGGGGUGUCCGGUUUUGAUUUGGAGGAUAUGGUAGUGGACAUCGGUUACUUGUUCAAGGGUAGCACAAAUCGGAAAGGAUACCUGUCAGAGUUUUGUGAGCUCCAUGAAGCGGAGUACAUGGAGGUCCUCCUGCAUAUCUCGGUCCGUUGA